GAAAACACUGCUUUAUGCACGCGUUCUAGGCACUCACGCAACAAUGGAGGAGUUUCACAAUGACGUCAUUGGCAUGCGUCUACAGCAAGAGCGUGCGGAGGAAGGAGACUGAAUUAGUGAAGCAACAAACAUAUGAACAAGAAACAAGAUUUUUCUGCAUAUAUUACCACAAUGGGAAUUCACGGACUCAUGGGCUAUGUGGGGUCAAAAAAGUAUUGCUUUUAUGAUUUACAGUUAAGAAACACAAAGAUAAUUAUCGAUGGCAAUAACCUUUACCACAGACUGUACUUUGAGUUAGGAUUGGAUUUAAUAUGCGGAGGAGAUUAUCAUUUAUUCACAGACAUUGUGCAUAAAUUCUUUGAAAGCUUGUCUGUGUGUGAGAUACAAGCCUAUGUUGUGUUUGAUGGUGGCUGUGAUAUCUCUGACAAAAAACUAGAGACGCUCAAGCAACGUGCGAAGGAAAAGAUCACAAUGGCGCACAGCCUGUCUAAAGGAGAAGGUGGAAGUGUGUUGCCUUUGCUGGUUCGGGAAGUCUUCAUACAGGUCCUGGAAAAGAUGGAAGUGCCUUUUGUUCAGUGCUUUGCAGAAGCAGACAGAGAAUUAGUGGUCUUGGCUAAUCUUUGGAAUUGCCCAGUGCUGACAUUUGACAGUGAUUUUUGUAUCUUUGAUCUGAAGGCUGGCUUCUGUCCCUUGAAUUCGUUUCAGUGGAAGAAUAUUGUCACCACAAAAGUUGAGAAUGAAUGUUUCAUACCAGCGAAGUGUUACUCCGUACAACAGUUCUGCAAGCACUUUAACAACAUGAACAUGUCAUUAUUGCCUCUCUUUGCUGUUCUAGUUGGCAAUGAUUAUAUUAAUCUCCCGGCUUUAGAAAGGUUCUUCAGCAAAGUUCAUUUGCCUAUUGGAAACUCGUGCCACAGUGGAAGGAAGCAUGUACGCAUUCACGGCCUCUUACAUUGGCUUUCUGCUUUUGUUGAUGCAGAGGAGGCCAUGGACAAUGUGCUCAGCUACCUCAAAGCUCAGGAUCGGGAUGCAGUCAGACAGCUCCUUUGUUCAGCCAUGGAAGAGUACAGUCUGUCUGACACUGUUAAUCUUGUACAAUUCUUCCAGAAGGGUAUUUAUAAUUCUCCAACUGCAGUCAUGUUGAGGCUGCCGGAUUGGGUGCAGAGAUCAUUAGCCAGAGGCCAGAUAUCUCCAUUACUUAGAGAUGCACUUGUAAUGCGGAGGUUAUUCCUUCAUUCACAGGUUGAGGAUAUGAAAAAGCCAUCUGCUCACUUGAUAACACAACCAGUCCGUAGGGUUAUCUAUGGGUUGCUGGUGACGCCAACCAACAACUUGGAGGAAAGUAAUCGAAGGAAUGAGCAUCCUGUUAAAACAUUGAUUGUUGAAUUUGAUAGACUAGAGAAAAAUCUGAGAAAAUCCACUCUGGAGGCAGACACACACUGGAACUUAGCUGAAAAUAUUUCACUGUCCAGUCUUCCAGAGGCUUCUACAGAGAUACGCCUAAAGCUGCUCCUGGACACACUGGAAGUAAAAACAACUGUUCUGGCAUCUGUGCCUCUUGCCCACCGCCUUUCAGUUGCAGUCACAUGUUAUUGGGUCAGAUAUGCUGAUCCCAAAGUUAAGCUGCAUCACCUAAAAGCUCUUCUGAUGGGUUCAGUGUGUGGAGAAUUGUAUGACAUGUUCCCUACAGCAGAGGGGAAUAGUGAGGACUUCCUAUAUGUGCAUGAGCAGCUACAGAAAAUAAUACAAGGGAAUCCACGCCAAAAAGUUCCAAACAAGGAAGACUUGCACAUAUUCUGCCAGUGGCAAUGCUGCCUUCAGGUGGGACUGCAUCUUAAUCAGCUCCUAUGCACACCGCUGCUGCAUCCCAACAUUAAAAGACUUUACAGUGGCACGCUUGUUCACCUUUUAUGUCAGAAACUGAAGAGCUCAUCCUUGGUAGAAGAUCUUUUUAACCCAUGUCCACCAUUGAAAACGCUGUACCAGCAAAUGAUGGAAGCAGUAUUAUUAGCCGUACCAGAGGAUUGCUUCAAGAGCAGGACUCUGCCUAGCGCACACAAAUCGAAGAUGGGAAAGAAAAAAAACAGAAAUGUUAAGAGUAAAGAGGAAGCCCCUGCAUUGGAAAAUCAGCCUAUGUAUGAAGUUACCAACAGAUAUUUAGGCCUAAUGCUUGAUGAAUAAUAGUAUCACAGUCAACUGACCGUCUGUAUAUAGUGAGCAGCAGACUGGAGAGAAAUAUACAUAUAUUUAGGACAUGAAACGUUCUAUACAACAAUGAAAGUGUACUCUAUGGGACGUACAAAUAUCAUGAAAAUGUAGGAUGUUGUUACCAAGCACUUGUUUAUUAUUGCACUGUGCCAUUUUGUUUUGACAAAGAAAUGAAUUGUAUCUGUCAGUCUUUUAUGGAGUACAAGUAUGGGAUCUGUUAUCCAGAAUGCUAGGGACAUGGUGUUUUCCAGAUAAUGGAUUCCGUAAUUUGGAUCUUCGUACCUUAAGUCUACUAGAAAAUCAUGUAAACAUUAAAUAA